CUGUGUGUUUGUGUUCAACAGAAACGAGCGAAAGGUCAGGUGCUGUUCAGUAAGGUUUGUGAUCACCUGAAUCUCCUGGAGGAGGACUAUUUCGGCAUCACGUACCGGGACGCUGAAAACCAGAAGAACUGGCUGGACGUUUCUAAAGAGAUGAAGAAGCAGAUCAGCACUGGUCCCUGGAACUUUGCUUUCAACGUGAAGUUUUAUCCUCCCGAUCCAUCGCAGCUCUCCGAGGACAUCACCAGGUAUUUCCUGUGUCUGCAGCUGAGAGAUGACAUUGUUUCUGGACGCUUGCCGUGUUCUUUCUCGACUCUCACAGUGUUGGGCUCCUACACAGUUCAGUCGGAGCUGGGAGACUGUGACUCUGAGCUGCAGGGGUCCUCUCAUCUCAGUGACAUGCGUCUGGCCCAGAACCAGAACAAAGAGCUGGAGGAGAAAGUGCUGGAGCUCCACCGCGGAUACAAAGGAAUGAAUCCUGCUGAAGCUGACAUGUUGUUCCUGGAAAACGCAAAGAAACUUUCCAUGUACGGAGUCGACCUGCAUUGUGCCAAGGAUUCAGAGGGUGUGGAGAUCAUGCUAGGAGUUUGUUCCAGCGGCCUCCUCGUCUACAGAGAGAAAUUACGCAUCAAUCGCUUCGCCUGGCCCAAAAUACUCAAGAUCUCCUACAAGAGGAACAACUUCUACAUCAAGGUUCGGCCGGGAGAGCUCAAACACUUCGAGAGCACCAUCGGAUUCAAGCUCCCCAAUCACAAAGCAGCAAAGAGACUCUGGAAAGUCUGUGUGGAGCAUCACACCUUCUUCAGGCUGGUUUCUCCUGAAGCUCCUCCCAAGCGCUUCCUGUCCUUGGGCUCAAAGUUCCGCUACAGUGGCCGAACACAAGCGCAGACGCGGCGAGCGAGCGCUCUGAUCACACGAGAAGCGCCGCAGUUCCAGCGAUCGGCCAGCAGGAGGAACACCGUCGCAGCCAGCAUGAACAGCACGCCAGCGACGGUCACCCGUGACGACGAGAAGAACGACAAACCCGCUGUUGCUACGGAUGACCUUAUCGCCAUGGAAACGCCGGAGAAGAAAGCAGAGGAGAUGAAAUCGGUGGAGGAGGAGAAUAAAGUCAACAGUGACGAAUCAGAGCAAGCCCCGCCCCCCUCCGUCACCAAGUCGUGUCCGUACUCAUCGGAUCCGUUGGGAUCUGAGCUCUCUCUCCCGUCUUCUCCCGUCUCGUCCACUAAAGUGCGCAGGAGACGCAGAGAAAGCAGCCGUAAGCGCGCUUCCUCCGUCAGUCCGGCCAAAACCACAGCGGGCUGCCGGCGCCGUCAGGCCCAAGCGGAUCGUAAAGCGGCUCUUCUGGAGGAACGAGCGCUGCUUCUGUCCGCACGCAAGCAGAGACUGGACCAGAGCCGCAGCCGAGGAGGAACGCUCUUCUCCUUCUCUCUGCACCUCCCCGAUCUGCCCUCGCUGCUGGACGACGACGGUUACCUGAGCUUCCCUGACCUCACCGAGCUGCGCUUCCUGCCCGAGAGCCUGCAUCACUUCAUGCCCAUCAAGUCUCCCUCGCUCAUCCCCUGCUUCCUCUUCAUCUUCUUCUUCCUGCUCUCCACCUCGUUCUCCGUGCCGUACGCGCUCACGCUCUCCUUCCCGCUGGCGCUGUGUCUCUGCUAUCUGGAGCCCAGGGCCGCGUCGCUCGGAUCGUCUCUGACGCAGGGCUUCCAGGACAGCUCAGACGACGAGACCGACAGCGAUCAAACCGACUUCAAUUGUGAUGAGGACUCGUCUGCGACUGAGUCUGACUUUGAGGACAGCUUUGACCUGAGGACACAGUAUAGUUUCAUUAAACGGAUUAAAGGAGAGAAUGUGUUUGUCAAGCACAGUAAUCUCAUGUUGGAGGAGACGGACACGCCCACAGCUCUAGUGCAGCAUCAUCUGAGCGUCAGUGAGAUGAAGAGGUUGUUUCUGCAGAUGCGCUGUGAAGCGUCGGGUGUGAACGAGUGGGACAGAAGACUGUCCUCGUCUCCUCGACCGGACGACCCGUCUCUGGUCAAACCUGUACACUCACAGGAAAUGUCAGAGGAGGAUAAAGCCGAAUCUGAAGAUGUUCCAGUGCAGAAGGAUCACGCUGCUGAUGGUGUGGAGAGUUCAGUUGCUCCACAGGUGGAGGUGUGCUGUGAGACGGAGCUGGAGAGACCAUUAGUGUCCUCUACUGCCGAAAAAGAGAAGUAUAUGAAGGCCCUGAAUGAGGCCAUCGCGAUGGGGAGACGCUCCACAUGGGCUUCGAUUGGAGAAGAAUCCAAUCAACAAAACUCAGAAACCCAAGAGAUUCCUGCUGGAACACAAGAAGAGAUGUGCCAUGAAGAAGAUGAAGACAUGCUCCAAAUCUGGGAUCAGGAACACCAAAAUAUUCAGGUUGAAGAUGAAAUCAAGGAAACUUCUGUGGAAAGUCCAACUGAAGGAGAAGAAACCAACUCAGAAACCCAAGAGAUUCCUACCGGAAACCAAGAUGAUGAAGACCUGCUUCAAGUCCGGGAUCAGAAACACCAAAUUAUUGAAGUUAAAGAUGAAAUCAAGGAAACUGCUUUUGAAGAACCCAGUUCAAAAACCCAAGAGAUUCCUACUGGAACCCAAGUUAUGUGCCAUGAAGAAGAUGACAAUGAUGAAGAUAUGCUCCAAAUAUUGGAUCAGAAACACCAAAGUAUUAAGUCUGAAGAUGAAAAAAAGGAACCUGAAUUGGAAAUGUCAUCUGAAGGAGAAGAAACCAACUUAGAACCCAAGACACUCUUGCUAGAACCCAAGAAGUGAUAUGCCAUGAAGAAAAUGAAGACCUGCUCCAAA